AUGGCAAGAACAAAGAAAUCGAAGAGAUCAGAGCCACGGAAUCCUGUUUUGCCUAAAGAGAUGGUUGCCAAUAUACUUUGCUGGCUUCCGGGGACGUUACUGGUCCGGUUCAGGUGUGUUUGCAAGACAUGGCAAUCCAUUAUCACAGACCCCUACUUCAUUAAAACUCAGAUGCACUGCAGCCAAAUUAUGGCCAUGAAAAAGGGCUCAUCAUUGAUGAUCACCACGGCGGCCACUUAUAAUAACCGCCCUCGAUACGCCUCCAUAAGCUUUCAGCAUUAUCUACACUUACCAGGACACUACAGAGUUAUUGGAUCAUGUAAUGGUAUUCUAUGUCUUCGAAACAGUGCACGUUAUUAUCUCUGGAACCCGGCAACCAUGCAGUCCAAGGAACUUCCUAAAUACCCUGAGAUUAAUGGAAGGACUAUGAUUUAUUACUUUCAUCAACUUCAACUAGCCUUUGGUUUUGAUGCUCUCUCUGAUAGCUACAAGUUUCUUAGAUUUAUUUGUCCAAAUACAAUUGAACUGAAUGUUGUACCCGUUGUCACUACGCCAUAUAUGGCCUACAACAACAUCGGAAAAAUGAUGCCAUAA